AUGGAAUUUAAGCCGUGGCUUGUAUUCCUCCUCCUUGCUUUGGCCGUGGCGGCUGAGUCGGCUUCAGUACUCCACGAUGCAGCCAGCUGGGGUCUGGCCAAAAUCGGCGCAGGCUCAUGCAGCGGCGGCUCGGUGGGUGACUGCAUUGGCGAGGACGCCGAGCUGUUGAUGAUGGACUCUCAUCAUAGCCGACAUCUUGCCGCGAGGCAUAAGUUCAUUAGCUAUGCAGCCCUCAGGGCCAACUCGAUUCCGUGUAGCCGCCGUGGUCAGUCCUACUACAACUGCAAAAAGAGGGAGCAGGCUAACCCUUACAGGCGCGGCUGCAGCCGCAUUACGCAUUGCGCCAGGAUCACUGAUUGA